GGGGCUGGAGGACCGAGGGCGCGUUGUGAUUGGCAGGCAUCGUGCUGGUGGCCAUCAACCCCUACGAGGAGCUGCCCAUCUACGGGGACGACGUCAUCUGGGCCUACAGCGGCCACAGCCGGGGGGACAUGGACCCCCACAUCUAUGGGGUGGCCGAAGAGGCCUAUAGGAGGAUGGCCAGGGAAGGCCGCGAUCAGUCGCUGGUGGUGAGCGGCGAAUCCGGGGCGGGCAAAACCGUGUCGGCCAAAUUCGCCAUGAGGUUCUUCGCCACCGUCGGAGGGGGCGGCUGUGGGGAGGUGGAGAGCAGGGUGCUGGCGGCCGGGCCUGUGCUCGAGGCUCUGGGCAACGCCAAGACGACGCGCAACGACAACAGCAGCCGCUUUGGGAAAUACGUGGAGCUGAGCUUCGACCGGCGGCAGCGGCUGCAGGGCGCCCGCAUCACCACCUUCCUGCUGGAGAAGAGCAGGGUGGUGCUGCAGGCCGAGAAGGAGCGCAACUACCACAUCUUCUACCAGCUCUGCGCCUGCGCCCACCGCCCCCAAUUCCAAAGCCUGGCCUUGGAAGGUUCCGAGGGCUUCUUCUACACCUCCCAAGGAGGGGAGGCCGCCAUCGACGGCGUGGACGACGCCAAGGAGAUGGAAAAGACCCAGAAUGCCUUGGGCAUGUUGGGAGUUCCGGAAGCUCAGCAGGCCGCCAUUUUCCGCCUCCUGGCCGCCAUCUUGCAUCUGGGCAACGUGGAAGUGAAGGCCGAACGGGACGGCGACGCCAGCAGCGUUUCGGACGACGACCCCCACCUGUCCCACUUCUGCACCCUGCUGACCCUCGACCCCCCCCCCGUCGCCCAUUGGCUCUGCCACCGUCGCCUGCGGGCCGCCGCCGAGAGCUGCGUCACCAACAUGGCCGCCGCGCAGGGCCUGGCGGCUCGAGACGCUCUGGCCAAGUUCCUCUACGCUCGCCUCUUCCUCUGGGUGUUGGAGAUCCUCAACGGGGCCCUGAGGGACGCCCAGGAGCGGCAGCGCUUCAUCGGGGUGCUGGAUGUCUAUGGCUUCGAGACCUUCGCCACCAACAGCUUUGAGCAGUUCUGCAUUAAUUACGCUAACGAGAAACUCCAGCAGCAGUUCAACGUGCAUGUAUUCAAAUUGGAGCAAGAGGAGUACAUGAAGGAAGGCAUCCCCUGGAGCUUGAUUGAGUUCUGCGAUAAUCAGCCGUGCAUUGAGUUAAUUGAGGGCAAAUUGGGCAUCCUGGAUCUGCUGGAUGAGGAGUGCAAGGUCCCGAAGGGCAGCGAUUUGGGGUGGGCCCAAAAGUUAUAUGGCCGCCAUGCCUCUUGCCCCUAUUUCCGAAAACCCCGAGCGGCCGACGGCACUUUUGUCAUCCGGCACUUCGCCGAGGAGGUUGAAUACAGCAGCCUGGGCUUCGUGGAGAAGAACCGCGACACCGUGUAUGAGGAGCUGCUGGACGUCGUCAGGGCCAGCGGGGACCCGACCGUCGCCUCCCUCUUCCGGGAUGACGAUUCGACCAAUCAGACGCAGCCUUACAAAAUCCCCGUCCGCUCUGCCCGCCCGCCAAUCAGAACGCCCGACAGGGAGAACCGCAAGACGGUGGGCCAGCAGUUCCGGGGUUCCCUGCGGCUGCUGAUGGAAACCCUCAACGCCACCACGCCGCAUUACGUGCGCUGCAUCAAACCCAACGAGCAGCGACAGCCCUUCCGGUUCGACCCCCAUCGGGCCGUGCAACAACUGAGGGCUUGUGGGGUUUUGGAGACGGUCCGCAUCAGCGCCGCAGGCUUUCCUUCCAGAUGCUCCUAUCAGGACUUCCUGACCCGUUACCGAGUCUUAAUUAAGAAGCCCGACCCCGUUAAGAAGGACCCCAAAUUAAUCUGCCAGGACCUGUUGCAGGACCUCAUUAAGGACCCGGAGCACUUCCGGUUAGGCCGCACCAAACUCUUCUUCCGGUCCUCCCAAGUCGCCUAUUUAGAGAAGCUGCGGGCAGAGCGGCUCCUGGCGGCCGCCAUUUUGAUUCAGGCCACCUACAGGGGGUGGCUUCAGCGGCGUCACUUCCGGCGGAAGCGGCUGGCGGCCGCCAUCUUGCAGCGUCACAUCCGGGGCUUUUUGGCGCGCAGUCCCUCUCACCCCUCCACUUCCCGCCUUUUCCUCCCCCCGCCGCCAUUUUGGCAGGCCCGGGGCCGAGCGCAGCGCCGUCACCAUCCAACGUCACUUCCGGGGUUUUGCGGCCCGUUUCCGGUACCGGCGCCUCCGCGCGGCCGCCAUCACGUUGCAAUGCUUUUACCGGCGGCGGGUGGCGCUGCGGCGGCUGGAGGAGCUGCGAUCCCAGCGGGGAUCGACGGGCGGCGCCGAGCGGCUGGGAGCCGGCAUGGAGCAGAAGGUGGUGCAGCUGCAGCGCAGGAUCCACCAGCAGGACAGAUCCCACAAAGCCCUGCAGGACGAGGUGGCCGGGCUGCAAAAGGAACUUUGGGGUCGGGGACGGCGCCUGCAAACCCUACAAGAGGAAAUGGGGCGCCUGCGAAAGGGGCGAGCAAGGAUGGAGAGCGGAAGGUCGUUAAGGAUGGCGCUUUGGGCUCGGCGCCCCGUUGGCCCCAUAGCGACCAACACAUGGACAGGGAGGAUCUGAUCGAGGCCUAUUAUGGGAUGGCGGAGACCAACAGGCUGUUGGAGUCGCAGCUGCAGGAGCAGCGGCUGCAGCACGAAGCCGAGCUGGAGGCCAUCAGGGAGGAGCUGCGCGUCGCCAGGGGGGACGUGGAUGAGGCUCUUCAUGGGACGACCCCACAAACGGAAGGCCGCCGGCCCUACAGAGGGAUGCUGGACUACGACCCUGCCGACGAACCGCUGCUCAUCCGCUACCUCAUCACAGAGCUUGACCCUACCAAGAUGGCCGCCGCGCUGCCCUGCCUCCCGGCCUACAUCCUGUUCAUGUGCAUCCGGCGCGCUGAUGACGUCAACGACGCGCGCCGCCUGCAGUCCCUGCUGGGAGCCGCCAUUAACGCCAUCAAGGCCGUGCUGCAGGACAGCCACGGCGUGGAGCUGCCGUCCUUCUGGCUGGCCAACUGCCUGCGCCUGCUGCACUGCCUCAAGCAAUACAGCGGGGACCCGGGCUUCAUGUGUGAGAGCAGCGCGCGGCAGCAGGAGCAGAGCCUGCGGCACUUUGACCUGUCGGAGUACAGGGAGGUGCUGGGCGCGCUGAGCGCCAACAUCUACGGACAGCUGUGCAGCACGGCGGGCAGCGACCUGCAGCCCAUGGUCGUGUCGGCCGUGCUGGAAUCCCAAACCUUAUGGGGUCCCACAGCUUGUCGGCCGUGCUGGAAUCCCAAACGUUAUGGGGUCCCACAGCUGUGGGGUCCCCGCAGCUCCCAUAGGGCCGAAGCGGAUCCUUCCUACACCCUGCAAGACCUUAUAGGGCGUCUGGAGGCGCUCUAUAGGGUGGUGAGUGAGCACGGCCUGGACCCCGAGGUGAUCCUACAGCUCUUCCGCCAGCUCUUCUAUCGCCUCAGCGCCGUCGCCCUCAAUCAUCUGCUGCUGCGCAAGGAGCUCUGCUCGUGGGCAACCGGACUGCAGCUCAGGUUCAACAUCAGCCAGCUGGAGGAGUGGCUGCACAGGCGGAAGCUGCAGCACAGCGGGGCCCUGCAGGCCCUGCAGCCUUUGAUCCAGGCCGCCCAGCUGCUGCAGCUCAACAAGAAGAGCCAGCAGGACGCCCAGGCCAUCUGCAGCCACUGCACUGCGCUCAGCUGCCAGCAGCUGGUGAAGCUGCUCAGCCUCUACACCCCGCUGGACGACUUUGAGGAGCGCGUCAGCGUCGCCUUCAUCCGCACCAUCCAGGCGACCCUAAAGGAUCGCGGUGACCCCGCAGAGCUGCUGCUGGACACGCGGCGCUGCUUCCCGCUGCAGAUCCCCUACAACCCGUCCUCCGUCCCGCUGGACGCCGUCCCCAUCCCGCCUGUGCUGCGCCUCCACUUCCUGGUCCGCGUCUGAGCCCAAAGGCCCUAUAAAAACCAGAUGGACUCUUAUGGGGUCUCAUGUGUUCCUAUGGGGUCUAUGGGGUCCUAUGGGCUCUUAUGGGGUCUCAUGUGUUCCUAUGGGGUCCUAUGGGGUCCUAUGGGGUCCUGUGGGGUCUUAUGGGGUCCUAUGGGGUCUUAUGGGGUCCCCAUCCCCCCUGCGCUGCGCCUCCACUUCCUCGUCCGCAUCUGAGCCCAAAGGCCCUAUAAAAACCCUAUGGACUCUUAUGGGGUCUCAUGUGUUUCUAUGGGGUCCUAUGGGGUCCUGUGGGGUCUUAUGGGCUCUUAUGGGCUCUUAUGGGGUCUCCUGUGUUCCUAUGGGGUCCUAUGGGCUCUUAUGGGGUCUUAUGGGGUCCUAUGGGGUCUUAUGGGGUCUCCUGUGUUCCUAUGGGGUCCCCAUCCCCCCUGCGCUGCGCCUCCACUUCCUCGUCCGCAUCUGAGCCUAAAGGCCCUAUAAAAACCCUAUGGACUCUUA